AACCCCUCUCCUUGGUUCAAACAACGGCUACUUGGGACCACCAUUUCCGUGAUAUCUGCUCUGCGGCACCUUUUAUCUUACUGCUUUUUUCCGCUGAAUAAAGGAAAGAAAUAUCUUUUCCGUUCAAAACUUCACAACUUCACGCUACUAGAGAGUAGGCCUAAGGCCAACAGUCUUUGUUGCACAAUGUCGGGAAAGAAGUGGAAUCCUUUGUGAGAUUAGGGUUUCUUUUCUUCUUUCCCUUUUCAUUCUCUCGCCCUUGGACUUUGGAGGACUAGUUUAAGCUUUGGUGGUCAUAAAUAAUGAUGCUCAAGAAGCUCUGCUGCUUUGUGUGGCUUGUUCUCUAUCAUCUUCUUCUACCUGCUUUUGUUUCCUCCAAGGACCAUGGAAAUCCCGCAAAUGAUCUUGUAGAGAUCAUUAAUGAGAAUCGAACAGCCCUGAAACUUCCAAAGCUUAAUGAUAGCCCUGGCCUUGGCUGCAUGGCCCUGCAAUAUGUUGAAUUAUGCAAGGAUAACUGCACUGGUAACAGAGCUGUAAACUGCAAACCGCCUGAAGAUGACUUCACUGAGGUGUUUGCUCCUAAUUGUGGUGUAGAGCUACCCACUUUUGGCACCAUAACUGGUCACAUUGUAGGUUGCGAAUCCAAGUAUCUUCAACCAUCAGAAGCCUUUUCUCAUGUUAUUAUUAAAGACAAUAAAGCUUUAUCCCUUCUGAGAAACAAAUCACAUAAAGAGGUGGGAGUGGGCUUGGUUGGGUUUCACAAGGGUCCUUUCUUUUGGUGUAUUUUAUUUAGUGAUGGGCAGACGAAUUCUACAUUUGUUCUUGAAGAUCGUGGCAAAGGGAUUAAGCAGAAGACAGGGUGCUACAGCGGAAGCACUUUUCCGUGCAGUUGUGGGAAGAAAAUCAGUGUGUUAUUGAACAAUAUUAUGACCUUGGUUUUUCUAUACAUUCUUCUGUUUCAACUUUUGCAUCAAAAUCAGUUUCUGAUGAUCUGAAUUGUUUGCAGACUGUGCUUGGAGUUUUCAUUCCAUAUUGUAAAAGACAUGACUCAGAUUAAGGAAGCGAGCCCGGAUAUACCUAGUCCACGUUUCCUGGAUUUUCUUUAGGAAUUUUUUCUUUUUUGGAUGUUUGUAAACGUGCAUUUGUCUAUUAAGCCGAAAGGACAAUUUCCAUAGGAAGAUGCUAAAUUUGAUACUUCCAGCGGAUAAGAAGACUACCCUGCAUUUCUCUCC